CGGUUAUUUCGGAAAAAUUCUUGUUGUUUUUCGUAAUAAUAAUCUUUGCGUUUUAUGUUGCAUGUAAUGUUGUUUUUGCUUUAAAUUAUAUUGUGAUUAAUCUUGUAACGCAUCGAAUGCGCAGUUAUCUUUCCUGAUCGAACCAACAAAUCAACGUCGGGUGUUGACAAGACGAUAACUGAGAACUGAGCGCUUUCUCUGUCGAACGCGGCCAUUUUCUCAAAGACGUCCCUAACCUGGAAGAGAGAGUUGCGUUGUUGUGUUUAUGUCGAUUGUCGAUUAAUGCUUAUUCACGCGACGAUUAAUGCUAAGUACUAAGUGCUACUGAAAGUUGUUAAAGUAAAGCGAAGGCGAAGAAUCGUCAAUAAACCGACCAUGACGGAAUGGUAUCAAGCAAGGAUUUUGCGUCUAUGCGAAUCGAACAAUAUCGAGGAAAGGAAGGAUAUUUUGACGGACAUCAAGAUCAAAUUUAAUAACUUAAACAACUAUUUGGAUCGCCAACAAAUCGCUCGAAAUUUAGACUAUGAACCACUUUUUUCACAAUUAACCUCUAGUAACAGAUACGAUAACGAUAGAGAAGCUCAGCAAAUACUUGGAAAUAUUCUGUAUGUUAUGUCCUGUGUGCUAGAACCUGGAGAAAUUUAUCUGAAAUAUCCAGUUGAAGUAUCUGCUCUGAUAAUUAAUCCAAAUAGUAUUGUAAGAGAGCAUGUACUAUCAGAAUUGCUGCGAGCAGCUUGUCAUCGCCAAAAGAUAUUUCAAUUGCUCGAUGAUACUACUCUUCUGAUCUGUAUUGUAGACAGAAUCGGCGAUGACAAUAUUUAUAUUGCUGAAUGCGCGAUGAAAAUAGUGAAGAAUGUUGGAAUGGCUCCAAAUGAUUCACAUAUGUAUAAGGGUGAAUUCCUGAGGACAUUCACCCAAUUAUUGCAAAAGAAUGAUACUAUCAGCUUUCGCGUUUAUGAAGUUAUAGUGGACAUAGCCAAGACAUCCAGAAGGGCUUUGGAAAUGUGGGCUCAAUCAGGCUUACUGAACGGUUUAAUCAACUUUCUGGAUAAUGAAGAUAUACUACUUCAGUUAAACGCUUUGAAAAUAUUAUCUGAAUUAACGAUAUUUGAGGAGGGUGUAAGUUACCUGGAACAGCAAGGGCUGUUGAAUAAGCUAGCUCAAAAGAUAGCGCAGGCCAACGAGAAUCCUUUGUCAAAUCUUUUGAUUUCUGGUCUGAUGAAGUUCUUUAGUAAUAUCGCGCGUCAUUGGCCCAAUGAGUUGUUUUCCAAAUAUCCUGUGGUAAUCUCCGCGCUAUUCGAGAUAUUCGAUAGGGAGGUGGUAGAGAAUCAGGAUAUCCUAGGUUCCGCAAUGGAUACUUUGGGAUUAGUGUCCGCGAGUGUCGAGGGCAAGUACGCGUUACAAGCGCUAGGAGACGCGAUGCCCACUGCUCUUAAAAAGAUCGCCGAGAUAGUGCAGAGAAUGCCGACUUCUUUGAGAAUUUGCGGCCUCAACAAUCUUGCCCUUAUACUCGAGGUCAAGACGGACGAACAGGACAAUAGAAUCUUGUCUCUGACGAAACUAUGGUUCGAUUCGUUGUGCGAUGAUCCGUUAGAUAUGAUUGUAUCGAUAUGCAGACAACCGUUCCACGAUAUCAGAGAGGCCGGUUUGGAGGUUUUGAAGGUGAUCAGCUCUCAAGUAUGGGGACAAGAGUAUAUAUCCACUCAUCCGGGUCUGGUGGAGUUCCUAUUAGAUAGAAAUAUCGAAUCGUUCAGAAACUGCAAGAACACCAAGUACGUAAUCGUGAAACGUUUGUCUCAAGCGGGGCCAGACAUAUUCGACUGGGAUACUAUACAAAAAUUCAAGCAAUUCGUUGAUGAAGGUCCGUACUUUGUCAAUACUAAUAGAGAAGUCGCGAUAGAGGAUGCUUUAUAAAGAGGAGAAGGAACAAAUCCUUGCAUCAUUACUUGUUAAAUGUUAAUAUUAAAGAUAUAUGUUAUAUGUAAUACAUAAGGUAAACAACUUCUAAAAGACGCGACGUAAUAUUUAUUUUUUAUUUAUAUUGUUUUUUUAAAAAACAUUAGUUACCAUGAAAAAAUUAAGCUUUUACAUUUAUUACAAAAUCAAUUUUACUAAAGCGCGUAAUGUGCGCUUAUUCUUUUUCUCACACAGUAAGAAUAUUCAUUGUAUCAGAAUUUACAUCGGAACUUAUAUAUACAAAGAGAAAUAAUUUAUUUUACAUUUAGCAAUACACAGAAAAGUCCAUGCUGUUACAUAUUUGAGACAGAUGAAACAAGUGGUGUUAAUACAAUGUAUAAUAACACUUACAAUAUUUUGCCAUUGUUUCGCAGAUCUUUACAAAACUCAUACAUAAUAUAUGUAAAUAAAAUUGUAUAAAUAACCGUA